AUGCAGCAUGUUUGGAGCAAAAGAUUUAAGAACGUGGUGUUUGAAGCAUAUGAUGGUGAUCUGGACAUGAUGAUGUAUUGUUUAACAAAUACAUGGUUUUGUUUAUCUCAAUUGUAGGCCUCUACAACAAUGGUCGAUGCGACAGUGAUUUUUGCUGCCAGAGUUUUCGUUCCUCUCCACAGAGGCGUUGUCCGUGCAAUGAUGUUGUGGUUCAUUCACGGUGUUCUUCCCGGUAUAUCCGGCCUUAUCGAUAUAACAACAAUAAUUGUUAACAAUGUCUUGAUGCAAAAUUACAGCUUUCGGCGUAUAUGGGAUCCCAUAAUUACAUCGGAGGCAUUUAUCAUGAAGAUUUCCAACAACAUCUUUGGUGUGAGAUGUAUAAUAAUAGGCUGUGAUUGCACCCAUACCAUGCCAAACUUUAUGAUGUGCACAAUGACACCAUGGACUAAUUGGUAUUGGAUUGUCGGGAUUUCAAAACUUAUUCUAGAAGUAACGGGUUUCUUCUAUGUGAUGUGGAGUUUCAAACAAAGAAUGCCAAUAAGGCAUACAUAUCACAUUCAUGUAAGAUAGCUUAUGAGGAAGGAGCAUCACAUGUUUGAUAACAUGAGAGCGAGUAAGGCUUAUCGGGUAGCAUCGUCAAAUUCACUUCUUAGUGUUUGUUAUCUUCCGUUAAUGACACAUAAUUCUGUUUAUGUAAUAAAUUGUUUUCUAUAUUUUUGUAUUGGCUUUAUACUUGAUGUAAUACCAAUUCGUUUAAUGAAAGAUUUUAGAAGGAAACAAAAAACCCCAAUUUAG